UCCCUCCUUGCGCCUAGGCGGCGCCUUGGCGGAUAGACCGUGUCUCUCAUUAGCAAAAGAUGUCUCGACCAGGGAGAUAUAAAAGCCAGAAAGAAGGAGAGAAGGAGGGGGGUUCAAACGGGGCGACAAAAACAACUAAUCCCAUCUAUGUAAACGAACUUGGCUUGAGUCUGCAGACAGAGCGUCAACAAGGCAUGGAAAGAGACACCAUUUUUGGAUGAUACAGUGAGUGGCGCACGCAUUGGGAAUAAUUUUUAUUUUAGGCGAACAUUUUUAAAGGAGUAAACUUGGUUUAUUAUACUUGAAGCCAGGACACAAAUAAACUACAAGAAACGACAUUAUGCUUGCAGAGGGCAGAGAAACGCCGGUCGCCACAGUGGUUAAAACAAACAGUGGACAUGGAGAUGAGCCAUGCCCGCGCAGCUCAGUCAAUUUUAUUGACCACAGUCGGCGACACCGAACUGCCUUUACCCGGGAACAACUGUCCCGCCUGGAGCAAGAAUACCUCAAGGAGAGCUACGUUUCUCGACCGAGGAGAUGCGAACUGGCGACAGCACUGAACCUUCCCGAGACCACAAUCAAGGUAUGGUUCCAAAACAGGAGAAUGAAGGACAAGAGGCAGCGUUACUCUCUCAGCUGGCCACACCCCCUGGACUCCAACCUGUGUGCCCUGAUGGUGAGCCAGGCUGCAGCAGGCUUACCUUACCCCUUUCUCCCUCCCCUCCCUCCCCUCCCCCUGCACCUCUACUCUCACCACGGAGGGGGGGCAGGUGCCCCCUCUGUUCCCAGCCCCUUCACUGCUCCCCUCAGGCCACUGGAUCCCCUGCGCCUCUCUCAUUCCCCCUACCCCAGGCCGGGUGGUCUACCCCCAACGGCCCUCUACCCCCAUUCCAAUGUGAUGCACCAUCCCGCCACUUGCCCCUGCCCCCUCUGCCUCCACUGGGGAUCAGACCAACUGUUCAAAGCCAGAGGGCUGAGCGCUAUUGGCCUGAAUCGACCAUGCAGUCCCAAAACUAUGGCUGCCAGCCUGGACAGGAGGGAAGAGGUGCCUUUGCCCAGAUGAAGUUUGCUGCAGUAGCUACCAGGAAAUGACGAUAUGAAGUCAAUGGUGGUGACGGUACAUUGAGCACAAUCACACACCUCACGAUCAGAUAAAACUGCCCUCCCUGGAGGAGUGCAAUUUGAUCCAGCUUUCCAUGUUGUUGGAGCUCUAGAUUUAUCUGUGUCUGUCUGUAAUAACACAGCUGGGGAUGUUAAUACGGUUUUAUUUAUUCAUGUGAAAUGCAACGUUCUUUCCAGAUCGAUGAUCAUGAAACAUUCCGGCCUUCACACAUACGGUAGCUAAUACUGGGGAGGACCUUGAGGCAAUAAGAAACGUUCCUUUUGUUGCAACUGCGUUUUCUUAUGUGCACGAACGAGAAGUUUCGUUCUAACUGCUGAUUCACUGAAAGGCAGAGGAGUUCCAUUAGUAGAAUGUCCAAUUAGACAUUGAAGGUAAAACAAUAUAUACAAAAAAUCCAGACAUUUUCCAGUCAUAGAAAUUCACAUAUUUCACUGUUUGCUCUGAUAAUCAAGUAUGAAUCUCAACACAUGAGAAAUGGAUUUGCAGAAACUACUGUUGCUCAUGUGUUUGUCUGAUGUUUGCACUAUUCUAUUAUCUUGUCUAGAAUUGAAGAGAAUGCAUACAGUGCCAGAAUAUGUGAAG